AUGCGGCUGUGCCAGGGCCGCGCGCUGGGCAUCGGGGUGGCGGUGGCCCACGGGCUCUUCUCGGGCUCGCUGAACAUCCUGCUCAAGUUCCUCCUCAGCCGCUACCACUUCGCCUUCCUGACGCUGCUGCAGUGCCUGAGCAGCGCGCUGGCCGCCCUCAGCCUGGCGCUGCUGCGGCGCCUGGGGCUGGUGGCCCUGCCCCCCUUCGGGCUCAGCCUGGCGCGCCCCUUCGCGGCCGUGGCCGCGCUCUCCACGCUGCAGUCCAGCCUCACCCUGUGGGCGCUGCGCGGGCUCAGCCUGCCCAUGUACGUGGUGUUCAAGCGCUGCCUGCCCCUGGCCACGCUGCUGCUGGGCGUCCUGGUGCUCAGGAACGGCGGCCCCUCGGCCGGGGUGCUGGGCGCCGUGCUCAUCACCACCUGCGGGGCCGCGCUGGCAGGAGCUGGUGACCUGACUGGUGACCCCGUAGGGUAUGUGACAGGAGCGCUGGCUGUGCUGGUACAUGCUGCAUAUUUGGUGCUCAUUCAAAAGACAAGUGCAGAUAGUGACUAUGGACCCCUGACAGCCCAAUAUGCCAUUGCUGUUUCAGCUACUCCUUUUCUCAUUAUCUGCUCCUUUGCCAGCAUGGAUUCCAUCAAUGUCUGGUCUUUCCCAGGCUGGAAGGACCCUGUCAUGACAUGCAUCUUUAUUGCUUGCAUCUUCUUUGGCUGUGCCAUGAACUUUACCACCCUUCACUGCACCUACAUUAACUCAGCUGUGACCACCAGCUUUGUUGGGGUGGUGAAGAGCAUAGCAACCAUCACAGUGGGGAUGGUGGCAUUCAAUGAUGUGGCGCCCACAAAGUUGUUUAUAGCAGGUGUCGUGGUCAAUACCUUGGGCUCUGUCAUUUACUGUGUGGUCAAAUACAUUGAGACCAGACGGCAGAGCAACUAUGAAGACCUGGAGAAAGAAGCUAGAGAGGAAGAGGAGAAGGCACAUGCUGGAGGCCAACCAUCAUUUGUAAUGAAGGAGAAGUCCAAGGAGAAAGGGACUGAAGAGACAGCUGUAAAGGAAUCAGCAACUGGGGACAGUCAGUGUGUAGAGGACCAGGACAGCACUGAGGAGAUUGUUCAAAAAGAAGCUAGCACUGAAGAAGUUAACAAGAGCUCAUUAAAAGAGGCCUAUCUUGGGGUAUGGAGGUUGGUUAGGGGGACUAAUUAUAGAAAGAAAGAUUAUUUAAUAGAAAACGAGGAGUUACCAACUCCCUGAAAAGCAGAAUUUUAAAAAUAUUUUAUUGGUUGAAGACACAUCUACUCGGUUCCUUGUGUAGGGAGGGAGACACAAGAUACAUUUUAAGCACCUUUAUAUGGUUAUACUUUAUACCAGUGGUCUCCAAACUUUUUUGAUCAUGUACCCCUAUUAGUAAAAAAUUUUUGAGCACACACCCCUGCCACACCGCAGGGCUGACUCUACCAUUUUUUCCACCCCAAGCAAAAAAAAAAAAAAAAAGGUGCUCAGGCUUCCACCCGCACUGCUGAAGCGGCACUGCUCCGGCGGUGCUCCUCCUGCUGCGCAUCCCGAAGGAUCCUCUUGCGCACCCCCUGAGUUGUGCACACCCCACUUUGGAGACCACUGCUUUAUACUGUUGUAACAGUAUAACAGUAUCCAUGCAAAGAGCUGUACCACACUAAUUUUAUUAGUAUAAAAUCACAACCCUAACCGAAACAGUUAAUUUAGUACACAAUCUAUGUGUAGAGCAGGCCUUAAAGUUGGUUUACACUAAAUGUAAUUCCAUUGUCUUCAGUGGAGUUACUCCUGAUUUAUAAAAGAGUGAGAUCAGAAUCAGACCCGAACUGUUGAGAAGCUCUGAUCAGCAAAAUAAGGAACUCAUCCUACAAAUGUUUACUACUUUGCAGUCACUCCUCAUUAAAGUUGUGUUUUGUAUUAGACCCAUGGAGCAUCCUUCAGUGAAGCCAUUGGAAUUACUUAAGACCAGUAGUAAAUAUUUUCAGAAUCAGGUUCUAGAGCAGUUUGUUCGUUUUAGAUUAUGUCCAUAUGUGUGUGUAUGUGUGUAUAAAUACAGAUCAGUAUGCAAUAACAUUUUUUAAUGUAGCAUCCAGAAAUAUAGCCUUUAAAAUAUAUUUUUUGAAAAGAUGGUGUUCAGGGCUAAAGAUGUUUAUGACAGAGCCUAAAAUAGCUGAGCUGUUGAAGAAGUGGCACACAGAGCUGUAUGCUGCACUCAAUGUACAACUGCACUGAAGUAAUGAGAGUCAUUUACUGUGAUCUGAAAUAUCAUGUUUACCUUCUGUUCAACCUUCUUCAUGUAUUUUAAAAUAAAUUCUCUAUUUAUUGUUUAUAAAGUAAAUUAAUUUUAAAAAAUGCAUUCUAGAAUAAUGAAGUCGGCUUUUCUUACUGGUAGCGGGAUCAUUAAAAUAAUCAAUUUCUUUUUUAUCCAUGCAGGCCACUGAACACCACAUUAAUUGCCAAUCUGUUCUCACUGUGUUCAAUAUUUUGUGUCUAUGGGUGAGGGUCAAAUACUGACUGCAUCACAGCCUUAGAUUUCCUGACAUAGAACACUGUUACCUGUUUGGCACAUUUGAAAACAUGCUGUAGAAAGCUAAUCUCAUGCAAUCAUAUUAUAACACCUUUUCCUCAUGCCUGGUGGAAAUAUAAUGGUUUGCUGCUUAUUGUUCAAGUACGAAAGUAGAAACAUAUGGGAAUUCUAACAGAAUUUAACUGUUAAAAGCUGCUGUUACAAUUUUGUACAUUUGCAUAUUCAAUAAAAUGUGGUUAUACCGUAGCUUGUAUAUAACUAAUCUUGAGUGUUUAAGAAUUCCCUACAUUAAAAAUGAGGAUUUGGUAAAUAAAACUGAGUUUUCCAAUGAAAGAGACUGUUGCGAAAUAAAAUAAAAAUAUUGCCUCAUGCUGAGGCAUGUUAAUUGCAUU